CUCAUAUUCCCGCCUACCGAGGAGAUCAUGUUUGAAUGAACAACAGCAGUCUGUUCAAGGAGUAGUAGUUGCAAUUUCAGUAAAAUACUUUUACGUCUGUAUACUUGGUUUAUAAAAUCCGUGGACUGGUUUUCUCAAGAUGGAUAUGAAGAAAAGAAUCCAUCUAGAAUUGCGGAAUCGCACGCCAUCUGAUGUGAAAGAACUGGUGCUCGAUAAUUGUCGCUCAAAUGAAGGCAAAAUCGAGGGCCUCACAGAUGAAUUUGAAGAGUUGGAAUUUCUAAGCACAAUCAACGUUGGGCUGACUUCGGUCUCCAACUUGCCGAAGCUGAACAAGCUGAAAAAACUUGAACUCAGCGACAACAGGAUCUCAGGUGGGCUGGAAGUGUUGGCGGAGAAAUGCCCAAACCUCACACACCUCAACCUGAGCGGCAACAAAAUUAAAGACCUCAGCACGAUAGAACCUCUGAAAAAAUUAGAGACCCUCAAAAGCUUAGACUUGUUCAACUGCGAGGUGACCAAUCUCAACGACUACCGAGACAACGUGUUCAAGCUCCUCCCCCAGUUGACGUACCUCGACGGCUACGACAAAGACGACAAGGAGGCGCCAGAUUCGGAUGCAGAGGCCUAUGUGGAGGGACUGGAUGAUGAAGAUGAUGACAGUGAGGAGGUAGAUGAGGAGGAGGAGGAGGAGGAGGAGGAUGAGGAUGAAGAUGCCCCACCAAGGGAUAAGGAUGAGGAAGGUGAAGAAGAGGAAGAGGAAGACCUAAGUGGAGAGGAGGAAGAGGAGGAGUUGGACGGCAAGGAGAGUGAUGAGGACAAUGAAGAAGAGGAGCGAGGUCAGAAGAGGAAAAGGGAUCUAGACGAGGAAGCGGAGGAGGAUGAAGACGACUAAAGAUGUGCUCACCACCAAGCUAUGUUCUGAUCAGACUGUUUUAACCUUGUAUUCCCUGUCCCCACCCCUCUGUAUUUGUCUGUUGUCAUAUAUUACAGUAGGCAUGGGUAGUGUCAUGGGCCAGCUGGGUAAAGGGUUGGUCUAAGGAAACAAGUUGACAUAUAAUUUUUUUCGUAUGAUUUUUUUUGUACUUUUUGAUUGCUUCUAUUCUACUCUUCUGUCCCCUGCAAACCACUGAAAGGGCAGAAGUUCACAACAUUUCGUAAAAGUCCACUAUUAUUAGCUCUAACCUGUAAAGGUUUUGUUAUCUCACUGAUAUUGAUACCUUCUGUGUAUACAGAUUUCUGAUGAUGAUUUAUGUAUUUAAAGCGACAAACUACCAAAAAUCCUUUUAGAAAUGCAUGUCUGAACUAGAUUUUAAAGUCGACUACAGGAUUUGAAGUAUGACAGUUUCCUAUCUCCUUUUCUUAUUCAGUGUCUUUUUCUUUCAGUGUAAAUUAAGCGUAUGUGGUGUCAUCCGUAUAUCAUUACAGUAUGUGCUGUUUUCAUCAUAGAAAGGGUGUGUGUUUAAACAUGCAUAGAAUGGCCUGUAUGCAGGGUGUCUUUUUAAGCACAGUAAAGAAUGUCUGCCCUUGUCAGAAUGUUGCUCCUUAACCCCUAGCUUUGAUAGUUCGGAAAUUACGUGUUAUUUGUAAAUACUGACCAAAUCUAUUUUGUUUUUCUAUUACCGUUUGAUAAUGGCAGACAUUUACACUUAAUUAAUUGUAACGAUGAACUGUAGUAAGAUAUUGAAUAUCUGUGCAGCCGUACCUAAAAUAGGCUAUUUGAAUCUGGUACACAAUUUCCAUUUUCACUGAAUGAUAUUUACUGAAUAUAUUCGCUGAAUCCAAAUUUGUUGUUGCUGUCCCAGUCUUCAAGUGCAUAUUGGUUACCCACCCAUGUAAUACACCGCUGGGCAAUGUGCAAAGAAAACACCUUUUUGCAUUUUCUUUUCUUAAACCAUAGGGCAGUUCAUAGUCAGAUAGGCCUACCUAAGUCAUGUUCCCCUUGCAUGUUUAACCCACUGUCAUCAAAGCUAAUCCCUUACCAUGAGACAAACUUUCGAUUAUCUCCCUUUCACUUCAAUAAAUCUAAUUUUUUUUUUUUUUUUUA